GUGGCUCCAGUGCAGACACCUGCUGGGGGACAACAGUUCAGAGCCAAAGCUGCUGGGUUGCCAGACCCAGGACAGGCUCACUGCUCUGCUGGCUGCGACAACGCAGGAUGAAAGGGCUCCGCUGGCGGUACACUCGGCUGCCCAGCCAGAUGGAGGAUGCCCUGUGCGGAGAGGAUGGCGAGGAGGAGGAUGAGGAGGACGAGGAAGAAAAGAAAGAGGCAGCUGCAGCCACUGUCCCUGAUCCGGAAGCCCCUGUGGAACCCCAGCUGACAGAAGCCAGCCAGGUUCUGGGUGCCUCGGAGAUUAGGCAGCUCAGCCUCCACCUGCCCCCGAGGGUCACAGGCCACCCCUGGAGUCUGGCUUUCAGCACAUCAAGGGAUGGCUUCAGUCUGCGGAGACUGUACCGGCAGAUGGAGGGCUGCAGCAGGCCGGUGCUGCUGGUGCUCAGGGACCAGGAGGGGCAGAUGUUUGGCGCCUUCUCUUCCUCGGCUCUCCGACUCAGCAAAGGUUUCUACGGUACUGGAGAGACAUUCCUCUUCUCCUUUGCUCCGCAGCUGAAGGUCUUCAAGUGGACAGGGAGCAACUCGUUCUUUGUGAAAGGAGACUGGGAUUCACUUAUGAUGGGCAGCGGCAGGACAGCCCUUCUGCUUAGAGUGGAUGGCCAAGUGUCCACACGUGGAUUGUGGCUGUUGGAAAGGUCCUCGUGGCCUGGGGACACACGGAAUGAAGCAGGCACUAUUGUCCUACAGAAGAGACUUUGGAGAUGUCAAAGACACACCUUACCCAAGCAACAGAGACCCUUGUGGAAAUGAUCUAUAGCAAUUCUGUAACUAACACAACAUGUUUAUUUGCAGAAAAACCCAGAACACAUUAAAAAUUAAGAUUGCCUAAAAUUCAGCUCCUCUCAAACAGUAGCAUUGGGUAUAUGCUUCCAAUUAUCUAUAGAUGUAUAUAUAGGUAUAUAUAUAGAUAUAUGCACAGAAAUGGGAUACUGAUUAUAAGUUUUAGAAACCAUUUUAUUUUUUUUAAGUUGAGAAGUUUUUUUUUUUUUUGGGGGGGGGCUGGCUUAGGCUGCCUUAAGGGUGGGUCUGGAUAUCGACCCAUGGUAUUCUUUGCUUGACUGUAUUUGCAUAAGCAGGUGCUUAAACAACUGAGUUCUGUAGGCCCCCAAUAAACCACUUUAAAAAUAUCACCAAACCUCAUGAAACUGCUCAGCCAGUGAAACUAAUAAAGACUCUAGCAGCAUCUUCCAUCUCUUGCUUGUUCUAACAUAGCGGGGAGCUCUUCAUCUAGUACAAUUUCACAGGGAAUACAUAAAAGCAGCACAUGGACAAUGUGCAUAAUUUGGACAAUGAAAAUGAACUUUUAGAUUCAACCUCAAGCAGAUUAAAAGAGAAAAAAGGAGUAUGCUUCCUGGCCAAGCAAGAGCUCUGAGAAAACUAUACAUCCCUUCCCACACUGGUGCCUGCCUCCUGCUGGAAGGAACAAUGUUCUAAUUUGCUCCAUUGCUUAAGGAAAACCAGUUACCUGUGACAGUUUUAAUCCCAUCCCCUGGCAGAUCUAGCACAGACAGUGCUGAGAUACCAAGAAGGACCUGGGUGGAGUUGACAAAAGACACAUUCCUCUGCAAAUAAGGGUCCAAGCUG